AUAUGUUAUAAAACCAUGCCCAUUUUGAGAACUUGAAAAAAAAAACCGGCGACAAAUUCGAAUAUCUGAACUGAAUAAUAUCCCAAGUAUUUCCAUAGUUUUACAGACGGAGACAAGAGCUGCUUACGUGGUUUCUACAUCUAUGGCAAGCAGCUCAAGUAGAUCGCUUUAGAUCGAUCUAGGGUUCUUCGUCUCUCGUUUGAUUUCCCCAUCAGUUAUCCUGAUUUCGGCUUUUUUCCUUCCAUUUUGGGCUUUUGGGUUUCGUCCAUUGUGUCUCCGUUUCGAGAUCGGAAUCUGGUGAUUUCGUGGCUGUUUUCGCGAUGGGGAAGAAGGUAGUUGUCGGGGCGGCGAUUGUCGGUGCUGCGGUUGUCUGCGCCGCGGCGGCGUUGAUGGUUCGCCGGCGGAUGCGGAGCUCCGGCAAGUGGGCCCGAGCGAUGGCGAUCCUGAGGGCGUUCGAGGAGGAUUGCGCGACGCCGAUCGCGAAGCUGAGACAGGUGGCCGACGCCUUGACCGUCGAAAUGCACGCCGGUCUAGCCUCGGAAGGUGGGAGCAAGCUCAAGAUGCUCAUCAGCUACGUCGAUAAUCUCCCCACUGGGGAUGAAAAAGGUCUAUUUUAUGCGCUAGACCUUGGCGGAACAAACUUCCGUGUCAUGCGUGUGCUCCUUGGUGGGAAAGAAGGCCGUGUUGUUAAACAAGAAUUUGAAGAAGUUUCUAUUCCUCCUCAUCUUAUGACGGGUGGUUCAGAUGAAUUAUUCAGUUUUAUUGCUGAAGCUCUCGCAAAGUUCGUUGCGACAGAAGGUGAAGAUUUUCAUCCUGCACCGGGGAGACAGAGGGAAUUAGGUUUCACUUUCUCGUUUCCGGUUAGGCAGACAUCUUUGGUGUCUGGUACUCUCAUCAAAUGGACAAAGGGCUUCUCCAUUGAAGACACAGUCGGACAAGAUGUUGUUGGGGAACUCAAUAAAGCCAUGGAAAGAGUUGGGCUUGACAUGUGUGUUGCGGCACUGGUAAACGACACUGUCGGGACGCUAGCUGGUGGAAGGUACUACAGACCGGAAGUCACGGCUGCUGUUAUCUUAGGCACCGGAACAAAUGCUGCAUACGUGGAGCGUGCACAUGCAAUUCCCAAGUGGCAUGGUCUGCUUCCUAAAUCAGGAGAAAUGGUUAUCAACAUGGAGUGGGGAAACUUCAGGUCAUCGCAUCUUCCAUUGACGGAGUUUGACCACUCCCUGGAUUUUGAGAGUCUGAAUCCGGGAGAACAGAUCUUUGAGAAGAUUAUUUCCGGCAUGUACUUGGGAGAAAUCUUGCGUAGAGUUCUUCUGAAGAUGGCUGAAGAGGCUGCUUUCUUUGGUGACACCGUCCCACCUAAGCUGAGGAUACCGUUCAUCAUAAGGACCCCUCACAUGUCAGCAAUGCACUGUGAUACUUCUCCAGACUUGAAGGUUGUCGGAAGCAAACUGAAGGACAUAUUGGAGGUACCGACCACCUCUCUCAAGAUGAGAAAAGUAGUCAUCAGUCUCUGCAACAUCAUUGCAAGCCGAGGUGCCCGUUUAUCUGCAGCUGGGAUCUAUGGGAUCCUUAAGAAACUGGGAAGAGACGUGCCUAAAGAGGGCGAGCAGCAGAAGUCGGUGGUUGCCAUGGACGGUGGACUGUUUGAACAUUACUCUCAGUUCAGUGCUUCCAUGGAGAGCACACUAAAAGAGUUGCUCGGAGAAGAAGUCUCUGAUAACAUUGAGAUCAUUCACUCCAAUGACGGCUCCGGCAUUGGAGCUGCGCUCCUGGCUGCUUCUCAUUCUCAGUACCUCGAAGUGGAGGACUCUUAAACAGGCAUCAAUGGUGAAAGCCGCUUCUGUGUGAUUUCAGCAAGUUAGAAUCUUUUUUCAGUCUACCAGAAAGGCCUAAAGCAACAAAAAGCAAGUAUCUUUAUGUUUCUCUACUGAAGAAGACUCUGUUUCUGCAUUUAGGGUUCAGCAAAUAAGAAAAAAGGGUAAGCUUCUUGGUGGAAUUUUGUUCUGUGUUGGGGAAUAAUAAACCCGGGGUUUCUCCAGGUUCUGGGGAUUUCAGACCAGCCUUGUUGUAGAACUAUUUAUUUGAAUUCACUGGAUUUCCGGGUU